AUUAUUAUUAGCCUUUAUCCUAUAUUUUCAAUUGUUCAUUAAAAAAAGUCCUACAUCCGACAGACUACACGCCACCAGGGGGAAAGGUUUGAGUGAGAACCAAACAGUUACGUUUACCUUACCGGAAGUUGUCGUAUCCGCGGCAACGAGUGAAGGGACUUGAAAACUGUCCUUCUUUUUGUAUUUAAGUUUCACGGUGAACAAUCCAAUGUCGCCAAAAGCACUUAAAGUGGUGGUGGAGAUAAAGUUCAGAGCGGUCUCCUGUCCCGGAGUUCAUCUUCCCACCAAAGAUGACGUUUACCUGGGCACGUGCUUCAUGGGGCAGUACCGUCAGUCAGAAUGUCUUCCUGCUGUCUUCCCGCUGCUGUUUCACGAGAAGAUGACAUUUGAAAAGAUUUUUCUUGACGCUGUGGAUCCAGGAGACAUAGCUGUCAUGCUUGAGUAUGAGAUGGUCAGGGUUGAACUAGUGCAGGUGACCCCUCCUGUGGGAGACACUUUGGCCUAUUUUGAGGAAGAUGCUCGAAAGUUCUUGUUUCCGGAACCCAGGCUGGUUCCUUCCUUCUCUGGAGUGGACCAAGAAGUUCUGAUGACCCGAGCCCCUUACUUUCCAGGUAUCGCUCCAAGGUUGGAGUUCUCCACCAAAACCACCAUCAGCGAGUGCUCGGCUGGUGCUGCAGUCAACAUUCACCCCAACGUACUCAUGAGGCCAGUGAUAAAGAGGAAAACGAAGCGCAUCAGUCGACCCAGGACUUCUUCUGCUCAGAGGAGACAAAGUGACAGGACGGACCCGACCAACCGCGGCAAGUCAUUGCCGAGCAUCUCCAGAUCUAAGUCUCUGUCCCCGAGGAGAUAUGGAAACACCCAGAGAAUGUCCCACAUCGGCUUGGGAUCUAAAGCCCCAUUCGUGGAUGAUUCCAGCGACCCCCUCCCUAUGAUGUCUUCCUGGCCUAUAGCUGGUCGACGUGACUCCCCCAACAACUCUGCGCUGUUUACUUCCUCCUCCACCUCGUCCACCGUCUCCUCCUCACCUUUAGUGAGGUCUUCGUCCACAGUGAGAUUCUCUCAAACUGGCAAAGACUCCUCAUCAAGUGGAGUGUUUGAUGUGAAAUCUGACGACGGCUCCAGUUCCUCAGAAACACAUGGGCCUCAUGUGCCUUUGGCUUCAUCAUGGACAGAUGAAGAGCAGGUCAAGAACAGCAGGUUUCCAUCAGCCUCUCACCAACAAUGGGAGGAAGUUCAGGAGCGUGUCAGAGGACUCCUUACAACACCACAGGCUGUUCGUCGACUUCUCUGUGGGGCGUCUGUCUCUGAGGUGGACAGAGUUUUGGCCAGAAGGUCGAUCAGUCCAGGUCCUCCUUAUUGACCCAUCACAAAUGUGAGUUGUUUCCAAAUCUUGACUAACACUGUGCCUCUGAAUGUACAGUGUAAGUCAUUUAAGCUAGGUCGACCAAAAGUGUGUAUGUUAAUUAUGUAAAUUGGUUUUCUGAAUCAGAUUUCAAUUUUGAAUUGCUUGGUAUUUUUUUUGUUUUGUGCUAAUAAGUAUUCUAGUACAUAAAAUGUUGAAAAAAAUAAGUAAUUUAAGAAUUCAACCCUAGUAGUUUAUAAUUAUUAUUAUUAUUAUUUGUGGUUCUGCUUUACUUUCCUGUUGGAAUAUUUGUCAAAACAAGAGGGUUCUAUUAUUUUUCACAGUAUAUUGCUAGCUUUUACUUUCAUUUUCUGUGGAGCCAUAUUGACAGACUGAUUAGCUACCCUUUGGUAGCAGACUGUUAAACUUCAAGCCCAAGCAUUGUCAAAGAAGUAGUCAAUAUUAUUGUAUUGUGUAGUUUUUUAUCUAUCAAUGCCUGUAUGUAAUUACUUGUGUGCUAAUCAUAAAUAGUUUUUGCUUGUAGAAAACAUAAGAUUUUUUAAGCUAUAGGUAGCUAUGUAGUUAGCUUGGUAUAACCACGAUUUGUUACCUUAAAAUUAUCACUAAACAUAGCUGCUAUCCUUAAAGGUCCAGGCUUGUAGAAUUCUUAACAGUAACUUACUCAAAGUACAGAAAAUAGUAGCAAUAGAGUAGUACUGCAUGAUAUACUGAGCUUUUGCUCUCCUUUCUUUGCCGAUGAUACCAGUAUUUUCUCUUUUUUUUUUCUCUGAACGCACAAUACUUUAUGGAUGCUUGAUGUUGAAUAUUGUUGAUAGCUGAUCCUGCCUAUCAACUCUGUUAGGCUGCUGUGUAGAUGUGUGCAAAACAGAUAUUUUUAAUUGCACUAAAUCUCUUCAUGCACUGGGAAAAUGAUGCGUUUCAUGUUUCAAUAAACCCCAGCGAAAUCAACCGCAUUCAUAUAUCAUUUCCGACGCAGCCCGGCGGCAAUGUGGGUUUGACGUCACACGUCUCCGUACCAUUAAUCUGUCACAGGCCGAUAUUGUCGAGUUCUCCGAUAAAUCUCCAAAGGGCUAUUAAAAGCAAAUAGUGUCUGUGGCAGUGCAGCUGACUGUGAGCCGCGGCCGUAUAUUAGAGAAAUAGCUUCCCACUAUGACUGUGAGGCGUUAAGCACCGGCUCCAUCAGGAACAUUGUGAUCUACUGCAGAAUGGUUGCUGAAACAGAGGGGUGUCAGCCGGGCUUUGUGCAGGUUUCAGGCGGUUUUCUUGGUCAGCUUUAACACGAGUCCUCUGAUGUUGUAAAUAAUAGACCAAAAAAAAAAAGUCUAGAAGCAAGGUGUUGCAUGUUUUUCUGCAAAGAAGGUAAAGGUUCCAGGUGAAUACCUUUUUAUUUUUGUUGCAUGCAGACAGGUCCAUUUUUUUUUUUUUUUUUGUGGAUCUUGCCGAUGCUAGUCAUAGCUUCACACUUACACACAUCCGUGCCUGACUGCACUGAGCUGGUCUGAUACGAGCAGCUGGAGACGGCUCGGAGAGCAGGUGUGGCAAUGAAACUGACUGAGGUUUCUGCGAAGCGUUUCAAAAUCGUUCCCAAAGCUGGCAAAUGCUCGAUGGCUUCUAAUUUGACAGUCAUCAGAGACUCCUCUGUUAUGCUGUUUUAAGCUGGACUCUAUAAUCAUUUAUAAAGCUAACAUUCAAUUUUAAAUAAAAAAGACCAGCAACAACAUUUUUGUUUGGUGGUGCACCAUGGGAUUUUCUAAUACUGUGGCUCAAAAAAGGUUGGGAAACACUGGUUAGAUCUGUGCUUCCUCUCCUACCUGAUCUGUUAUCCCUGGCUAGUCUUAGCCUAGCGUCAAAUGGUGUCCAUUCAUACAUGCUAAAUGCUAUAAUGUGCCGUCCUCUAACUGUAAUCAUAGCUUGCAAAAAGACAAAAUGUGGUUCGCUACUGACAACAGGUUAAGUUGCUCCAUUGACGUCUAUUGGAAUAGGCUAGCUCAGGUGUGGUCAAACUUUUUGACUCGCGGGCCACAAUUGGUCCUUAAAUUUGACUGGGGGCCGGGUCAGGAGUAGAU